UUUUCAGCAAACGUAAAUAUCAUUUAUACGGUUAUUUUGUUUUUACCAUUCUGCUCCAUAGAAACCACAGCAAACGUAUUCUUCUUCAUUCUUUGUUAUUCUGCAACGCUUCAAGAAUUAAAUAUCAGAAAAUGGAAAUAGGAAAUAAGGUUUACCUAAAUAACAUUGACCAGAUAGAUGAAAAAUCGCAUAUCAAGGUUCGGGUGCUUAAAAUUUGGAACUUUGUCAGAAAUAAUAAAGUUUGUUCCAUUGAAAUGAUCAUCAUGGAUGAGGAGGGUACACAAUCCCAAGCUCGUGUCUUCAAUCAGAAUUUCUCCAGAUUUCGUCAUCUUUCAAAGGAAGAUGAAAGUUAUAUAGUUAUAAAACCCAAUAUGGCUGCUGUUACUAAUGGUUUUAGUUAUACAGGUCAUAAACAGACCUUAACUUUGGAUUGGAAAAGCAUCCUAAAAAAAUGUGAUGAUUUCUCGGGUCCGGUCAAUGGAUUUAUGUAUAUAAUUCCAAUUAACGUACAAGAUUGUACUGGAACCAUUGGAUUGACUCUUUUUGAUAGGGAAGCAAGGAGGUUGUUAAAUAUAAGUGCCUACGAGUUGAAAAAAAUACAUGAUGCGGCCGGAGACAGUGAUGCCCUAUUUCCAAUGCAACUUAACGUGUUGAAAAACCGCAAGUUUGGUUUUGUUGUAGAUAUUACAGAAUACAAUGUUAACAACUAUAAUAACAUCUACACAGAGUUACAUAAUAUAUGUCCAUUGUUUGUGAAUUGGAAAAGUAUUCAAUCUGUCUCCUUAAAUCAAGUUGCUUUGGAAUCCGAUGAUGUUGUACAGCCUGUUCAAAAGGAUGUGAUCUCACAAACAGACGAAAGUUUUACACCCUCAACAGUUGAUAAGUCAACCGCAACAAGUCCUUGCAAAAUAUCAGGUGAUUUGAAGCGCAACCUCCAAGAAAUUUAUGAUGUUGAUUCUGGAUAUGAUUUAAGUUCAACUAAGGCUAAAAGAAAGUCAACCGCAGAGGAAACUCCACUCUUGAUUCCAAAAAUUGAAAAGUGA